AUGGAGGCCGCCAGCCCUCCCCGAUAUUAUCACGCUGGACAAACUUAUUUCUGUCACGAUCCCUAUAGAAGUUUCCAUUAUCCGAAUGACGUGAAUGAAAUCUGUUCUGCCGGGAAGGCGGUGGGGCAUCCCUCCGUGAUUGCCCCCGCUGUUCUUGGACAUACGAGAACUGAUUCGAAGGGGCAGGGUGAGGAGGGCGUAAAUGGAAACUCUUGCCGAAUCCAUCAUUCGGCUGGUCGCUACCAGAAGCUCUACCCGAAAAUCGAGAUGGCCGUUCGUAACAGAAUUAGGCAUCACAGGAGGAAAAGCAGAAGGCGGAAGUGGAUGAGGUGGCGGCGGCGGGGGCAAAGGGGACCUCGACACAGGGGCAGAUGCCAAAGGUACAACAUUCUUAGGUUGGUGAUGGGACAUUUGUGCUUGAUCAAGUCCACCAAAGCUACUGGUGGAAACAACAAUUUCAUCUUCACAGCAGGGAGCCACAUCUUCCAUUUCAAGCUCCCCAUCGACAUCUUCCAAAAUAUGCCGAUGCUUUUCGGCUGCAGGAAUUGGAUUCUUUUCGGCCUCAUGAUUAUCAAGAUUGUGCUCUGGUGUGACAGCCUCAAAGCUCUCAUCAUCAGAAUCGUUUUCGGCACAAUCCACCCCCACCAUACGAGGCAUGCAGAAACCAGGAAGCUGAAUGCUUGA